AUGUAUAAAAUUAUCUAUUAUGUUCGUGGAACGAAACCAUGUAAUAUUAUUCAUAACAUAUUUAGUUUGUUAGAAAAAGGUCAUAGAAAUAACAUUACAGAAGAUGAUAUGUGGGACUUGGAAUCAGCCUUUCAAUGUAAACCAAAUAAUAAAAUAUUUAAACAACAUUUCACAGAAGAGACCUUAAAAGACCGAUGGAAUUCAACGCAGAAUAUACUGCGAGGUCCAACGUCUAUUGCCUUGCUGAAGUCAUUUCGACUGGACUGGUGUAAAAUGGUUUUAUAUAGACUUGGACAUCUUGUAGUAUCCUGGUUUGCACACACCUACCUAUUAAGGUUAUUGAUAGAGAAUAUCGGCAGUAAUGGAGGAUAUCUAUAUGCCCUAGUCAUGGCCCUGGUGGUAUUUAUUGUAUAUCAGAUAAAUAACGUGUUUUUUAAUCAUGCACUUCAUACUCAACACACCAUAGAACAUAAAGUAACAACUGUUAUAUAUUCUUCACUCUAUGACAAGUCCUUAAAGAUUCCAGUUGAAGUUAGAAAGAAUUAUUCUGUCGGAGAAAUCUCCAAUCUUUUAGCAUCUGAUGUUGAAAACGUAGCUUUUCAAUCACCACAGUUUAUUUUCCUUGGUCUCAGUUUUCUACACAUACCUGUAGCUUGUUACUUUCUCUUUCAACACCUGGGUAUAUCAGCCCUAACUGGGGUUAUUGCCCUUCUGUGUUGUGUUCCCGCAAGUACGUAUACGUGUAUGCAACUCAGAGAACUUCAAGACAAAAAGAAUGAAUAUAAAGAUAAGAAAAUGGAGGUUUUAAAUGAUAUGUUGAAUGGAAUUAAGGUCGUUAAAUUGAAUGCAUGGGAAACAUAUUUCUGUGAAAAAUUAACUUCAGCACGAGAAAAUGAAUUGCAAGUUCUUCAGAAUGACUGUUUUUAUAGAAGUGUAAAUUGCUUCUUCUGGAAUGCUGCUCCCUUUUUAGUAUCUCUGUUUAUGUUUGCUACACACGUUUAUUUAAAUGGGACUGUGAGCCUGGAUGCUAAGACUAUAUUUAUAGCUAUCGGUAUGGUCUCGGAGUUAAAGUAUGGCAUCAACGAAUUUCCCGAAUCUAUUUAUUGCUUAGUGAAGAUCACAAGCAGUCUGCGUCGUAUCCAGAAUUUCUUAUUUGAGAAAGAAUUGCCGGAAUCUCAGAACGAAGACAAUUCCAUCGUUAACGAGGGUGAAAUUGUCUUCAAGAAUUGUAAGUACCAAUGGGAAGAUGGUGCACCAGUCAUCAGCAUAGAUAAUAUUAACAUCCGAAAUGGAAGUCUUGUGGCAAUAAUUGGUAGAGUUGGAGCUGGAAAAUCAACAUUUCUCUCAUCCAUUCUUGGUGAAGUACCAAAUUUAGAUGGCAAAUUUUAUUCCAAGGGAUCUAUAUCUUACGUUCCACAACAAGCGUGGAUACAGAACGCUACAUUAAAGAACAAUAUAUUGUUUGGUCAAGAUCUGAAUGAAGAAAAAUACCAAAAUGUGAUUGAAUCUUGUUGUUUAAAAACUGAUUUACAAAUUUUACCAGCCGGUGAUCAAACUGAAAUUGGGGAAAAGGGUAUUAAUCUAAGCGGUGGUCAGAAACAACGAGUAUGUCUAGCUAGAAGUUUAUAUACUGAUGCUGAUAUUUAUUUAUUUGAUGAUCCACUCAGUGCUGUAGAUAGUCAUGUCGGUCAACAUUUAUUUAAAAGUAUUUUCAGUAACAAUUCACCUCUUAAAUCAAAGACUCGUCUGUUAGUAACACAUAAUUUAAGUUAUUUGGAUCAAGUUGAUACCAUAUUAUUAGUUUCUGAUAAUUCCGUGCAGAAAGUUAACUUCAGUGACAUUUCUCAUCUUAUAACUUCAAACGGUCAUGGCCUUAAACUUAAGGAGGACACAGAAUCAUCUCAAUCAGUGGCAGAAGGAACAAAUAAAAAGAGGUUGUUGAGUAAACAGACUAGUUCACAAGAUGGUAAAUUUAUAGAAGAGGAGUCUAUCCAUGGCAAGGUACAAUGGUCAGUAUACAAAGGUUAUUUUGAAACAAUUGGGAAAUCACAAGUUAUAUUAGUGGCUGUAUUAUUUUUUUCACAUCACCUGCUACAUCUCUUAGCUAACAUCUGGUUAACAAAGUGGACCGAUCAAUUAGACAAUUUACAGACAUUUUCCAAUACUACUGGAGACGUCAUACAAGAAAUAAAUAUUUAUUUCAUCUCAUAUUAUGGUGGAUAUGGGGUUAGCAUAGUAUGUGUUUUAAUAUUAAUGUGUGCAGCCAUUAAUAGAUCUAUAUUACAAUCUGCCAGAGUCACACAUCAUAAAUUAGUUACAAGUGUUCUCCGGUCACCCAUGUCAUUUUUUGAAACAACACCAAUCGGACGUAUCAAUUCCCGCUUUGAUCUGGAAUGUAUUGAUAAUGAGAUACCCCAAUCUUUAUUGUGCUUCCUUGAAUCAUCUUCGUGUACUUUAAUGGCAAUUAUCACCAUGUGUUAUGGUUCGAAAGAAAUCUUGUUAAUAUUCAUACCAAUGACUGGUUUAUAUUUAUGGGUUCAGCAAUACUACAUCAAUACAGCAAGUCAGUUUCGACGAAUGAUGACAAGCACUCAUUCAGCUAUUACCAGUUUUUUCAAUGAAACAUUGAUGGGGACUGAGGUUAUAAGAGCAUUCCAUGUACAAGAACGAUUUAAAAAUCAAUUUGGUUUAAAAUGUGACAAAAAUUUCAAUUCACAUUAUCAUAAACAUUUAGCCAACAGAUGGCUAGACAUUUAUCUUACUCUCAUCUGUACUGUAGUAUCUUCCGUCGCCAUCUUUAUUUUCAUGACAGCAUUUUCAUCCGUUACUUCCGGUGUCAUGGGUUUAGCCAUGGUAUUUAUUGGUGAAUUUGCUGGUAACUUUGUUUGGUUUGUGAUUAUCUGUAGUGUUGUUGAUAAUGAAAUAAUUAAAGUUGAAAGAAUCCUAGAGUUUAUAAAUUCACCCAAUGAGGCUGAUUGGGAAAAGGGUCCUGUGGUUAUUCCAAAAUCAUGGCCACCAAAAGGAGAAAUCCAGGUGAAGAAUCUGUGUGUUUCUUAUAGAAAAGACGAAAACAUUUUACAUAAUGUUUCAUUUCUAAUAAAUACAAAUGAGAAGGUUGGAGUUGUUGGACGAACUGGGGCUGGAAAAUCAUCUCUAAUGUUAUCAUUGUUUCGAUUGGUUGAACCUGUCCAAGGAUCAAUUUUUAUAGAUGAUGUUGAUAUAGGUCAAAUUGGUUUACAUCAACUUAGAUCUAAAAUUUCUAUAAUUCCACAAGACCCUAUUUUAUUUAUUGGUAGUAUAAGAAUGAAUCUUGACCCCACGGACCAGUACACAGAUGAUGAGAUAUGGACAGUUUUAAAACAGACACAUUUAUAUGAUACCAUUAAAGCCUUACCCAACGGUUUACUGUCACCGUGCGGGGAAGGGGGUAAUAAAUUUAGUGCGGGGGAAAGACAACUACUAUGUUUAGCAAGAAGUUUAUUAAGAAAAUGUAAAAUAUUAAUAUUAGAUGAAGCAACGGCUGCAGUAGAUAUGAAAACAGACGAUUUAAUACAAGAAACGUUACGAUGUGAAUUUAAACACUGCACUGUAUUAACAAUAGCUCAUCGUAUUAAUACAGUUUUAGAUUAUGAUAGAAUAAUGGUACUGGAUAAAGGCCGUAUCGCAGAAAUAGACACACCAAAAAAACUUUUACAAGACACAACUGGAAUAUUUUAUAACUUGGUUAAGGCAUCAAAUAUCCACGCUCCAUCAUGAUAUUUGUUUUGUUUGUUGCCUCUGUUUAUUAAAACUUGAUAAAAGAAAUGUCAAGGAACAUGUUUACAUUGACACUACAAAAAUAAAUUAUUGUUAU